AUGUACAAUGGCUGGGCAAACAAAGCGGAUGAAGCCGAAACUAUCACUUGUGAUCACGGUACUCACGUCGCUGGACUGUUAGCUGGCAGCUUAAUUGGCGGUAAACAUGCCAAUCUCGGCAUUGGCGACCUGGCACGGAUAGCAUUGAUGGACAUCAGGACCCAGGGCGAAACCUGCGCAGGUCAGCUGCAUUGUGCCGUGUCACUAGUCACAUUUGCAGACGCCAGCGACUUGCUAGAGAGUCAAAUUGACGCUGGUGCCAAGAUUUUCUCAUUAUCGUGGGGCACACCUGGGUCGGAUUACAUCUCACAAGCCAGAGAUUUGGACGCUUUCAUUUAUGAAAACCAAGACGUCCUGGUGGUUGUGGCGGCAGGCAACAUUGGCGAGUCUUCGACUUCUGGUCAGCGCACCAUUUCAUCUCCAUCCGGUGCCAAAAUCGUAAUAUCGGUUAGCGUAUCGCUGAACGCUGCAGCUUCUUUCACAGACUUUGGUUGCCCUGAUGUAUUCAAUGAGCGCACAGUUGCAUCGUUUUCCUUUGCAGGGCUCACAACGGACGGGAGGUUGAAACCGGAUGUUGUUGCGCCGGGCCGUGUGGCCUGGUGA